UCAAUGGAGAUCACUCGCCAUUAUUUCUGCUUAUCCAUCUUCUUCUUCCACUCUCUAAUGCUUUGCUUAACCAUUAAUGCCCAUACCAACAUUACCACCGACAAACAUGCCCUUCUUUCUCUAAAAUCUAAAAUUUCUUUUGAUCCUCAUAGCAUUUUAGCUGACAAUUGGUCGGUUAAUAGCAUAACUCCGUGUAACUGGAUUGGAGUCACUUGCAACUCUCGUCACAAUAGAGUGUCUGCUUUAAAUCUUUUCAAUAUGGGUCUUGUUGGAGAAUUAACUCCAGACUUGGGAAACCUUUCUUUCCUUGUUUCACUUAACUUGAGCCAAAACAAUUUUCACAAUUCCUUUCCUCGAGAGCUUUCUCAACUGCGACGCCUCAAAAUUCUUCAGUGUAGCUUCAAUGACUUUAGUGGGAAUAUUCCAUCUUGGUUUGGUCUCUUACAAAACCUUAGAUUUUUGUAUUUGGGGAAUAAUAACAUUAGUGGUUUUCUUCCCACAUCCCUUUUUAAUCUUUCAAAACUUGAGGUCUUACAUUUAGGAGUUAAUUCUCUUGAAGGGAGUAUUCCUAGAGAAAUAGGCAAUCUUUUCCAACUAAAGUUGUUAAAUUUGAGCGAUAAUCAUUUUAGUGGAUCUUUUCCUUUGGACAUCUUAAAUUUGUCUAAGUUAGAAAAUCUGUCUCUUUCAGUUAAUAGCUUAUUUGGUGAACUUCCUCUUGAUCUUGGGAAUCAUCUUCCUAAACUCCAAAUAUUUGUCAUGAGAUCAAAUAAAUUUAGUGGUGAAAUCCCAUCAAGUUUAUCUAAAUGUUCAUUGCUUCAAACUCUAUCUCUACCUUUCAAUAAUUUUAGUGGGCAUGUACCAAGAGAAUUUGGAAACUUAACAAAGCUUGAGAAGUUAUUUCUUCGUAGCAAUCAGUUAACAGGUGCUAUUCCAAGGGAGAUAGGGGCUUUGUCAUCCUUGCUCAUAGUUGAUUUAUCUAACAACAAACUUUAUGGUGCCAUACCAAAGGAAAUUGGGAACUUAACUGCACUUAAGAUGCUAUCAUUUGAUGACAACAACUUAGGAGGUGCUAUUCCAAGGGAGAUAGGGGCUUUGUCAUCCUUGCGCAUAGUUGAUUUAUCUAACAACAAACUUUAUGGUGCCAUACCAAAGGAAAUUGGGAACUUAACUGCACUCAAGAUGCUAAGUUUUAGUGACAACAAUUUAGGAGGUGCUAUUCCAAGGGAGAUAGGGGCUUUGUCAUCCUUGAACACACUUGAUUUAUCAAACAGCAUACUUUAUGGUGUUAUUCCAAAGGAGAUACAGGCUUUGUCAUUGUUAAGUUAUCUUAAUUUAUAUUACAACAGUCUCUCUGGACAUAUGCCAAAGGAACUUGGGAAUUUAACUAUGCUUCAAACCCUACACAUUCAAUCUAACAACAUUGGAGGACAUAUACCAAAGGAACUUGGGAAUUUAACUAUGCUUCAAUACCUAAACAUUGGAUAUAACAACUUUGGAGGUGUAAUACCAAAAGAGUUGGGAAAACUUCAUAUGUUGGAGAAAGUAUAUUUACACUUCGCUAACUUAAGUGGGUCCAUACCCAAAGAAGUCUUCAACAUUUCUUCUUUAAAAAUAAUUUCAUGUGGGUUCAAUAACCUUGUGGAUACACUUCCUUCAAGCAUGGGGCAUGCUCUAUUGAACUUAGAGAAACUCUAUCUUCAUGAAAAUAGGCUCUUUGGAGUGAUACCAGACUCUAUCUCAAAUUGUUCAAAACUUACUCUGUUAGAUCUCGGCAAAAAUCAUUUCAGCGGCACAUUCCCUGCUUCUUUUGGUAAUCUAGGGCUCCUCAAAGAUCUAUUUAUAAAUGGAAACAUGAUCACAAAUGAUGUUGCAUCUCCAGAGUUAAGUAUUAUCCACUCUUUGGUUAAUUGCAAUUACUUGGAGAGAGUACACUUAGAUGGUAACCCUCUAGAUGCUAUCCUUCCGUCAUCAAUUGGGAAUCUUUCUUCUUCCCUUCAAGUUCUGACUGUGUCGGGUUGUGGGUUAAAGGGAAUCAUACCAAAUCAACUAGAAAACUUAAGCAGCUUGGUUACCUUGACUCUGGAUAGCAAUAAUUUGGUUAGAUUUAUUCCACCAAUGCUUGGUAGGGUUAGUAAGCUCCAAGGAUUAUAUCUCAGUAAUAACAAACUCAAUGGUCCCAUUCCUGAUAGCCUUUGUGAACUUCACUAUCUGUAUGAAUUAUUUUUGAGCAACAAUCAGCUAUCUGGCAAUGUGCUGAAAUGCUUUGGUAAUAGCACUUCCCUCGGAAAAAUAUAUCUAGAUUCAAAUCGGUUGACUUCUAGAAUGCCUUUAAGUUUGUGCUAUCUCAAAGACUUAUUAGAGCUUGAUUUGAGUUCAAAUUUCUUGGAUGGAUUUAUACCAAAUGGUAUUGAAGGUUUGAAGUCACUUUCACUUCUAAACAUGUCCCACAAUCAAUUCUCGGGAAAUAUUCCUGUUACUAUUGGACAAUUGCAAAAUUUGAUUUCUCUUUCCCUUGAACGGAAUAAACUAUAGGGAUAUAUUCCAAAGCAAAUAAGUCAAAUUGUUUCCUUGGAAUUCUUAGAUUUAUCUCUAAACAAACUCUCUGGUUCCAUUCUGAUAUCUUUGGAAAGACUUGCAUACCUCAAAUACUUCAAUGUCUCAUUUAAUGAAUUGAGUGGUGAAAUACCAUCAACUGGUUGUUUCAAGAACUUCUCAAGUGCAUCAUUCAUGUUCAACAAGGAGUUAUGUGGAAAUCCUAGGUUUCAUGUGCCACCGUGCCAUUCUACCCACCAUUCUAGGAUUAAAAUAAGACUUCUUAUUGCUCUUGCAUCUCUUGGAGCUUCAUUGAUAAUUACUUUUGUAAUUAUUGCAUUUGUCCUUUCAAAGCGUAAAAGGAAACUUCAAGUCCCAAGUAUGACGGAUAUUGGCUUUCCAUGGGAUAAAUUAAGAAUUUCUUAUGAUGAGCUUUCAAGGGCUACUUCUUGCUUUAGCCAAAACAAUCUCAUUGGUUCAGGAAGUUUUGGCUCUGUGUAUAAAGGGACUUUGGAUGACGGGAUGCUUAUAGCAGUGAAGGUAUUUAACCAAUCAGAAGAUGCACUUGAGAGUUUUCAUGUUGAGAUUGAAGUGCUAAAGAAUUUACGCCAUCGAAAUCUCACUAAGGUGAUUACUGGAUGUUUUGCCGAAGAAUUUAAGGCUUUGGUCCUUGAGUACAUGUCAAAUGGAAGCCUUGACCAGUGGCUACAUUCACAAAGAAACUUAUUGGAUAUGGUUCAAAGGUUGAAUAUAAUGAUUGAUGUUGCAUGUGAUUUGGACUAUCUUCAUAAUGGCUACACAAUGCCGGUGGUUCAUUGUGAUUUAAAGCCUGCAAAUGUGCUAUUAGAUGAAGAAGUGGUAGCCCAUGUAUGUGAUUUUAGUGUGACAAAGUUGUUAACUAAGGAGGAGAGCUUCAAGCAUACUGAAACUCUAGCAACACUAGGGUAUAUGGCACCAGAGUAUGGAUCCACAGGAAUGAUAUCAACACAAUGUGACAUUUAUAGUUUUGGAAUUGUGGUAAUGGAAACAUUUUCAGCAAGAAGGCCCACAGAUGAAACAUUUGGUGAAGAAAUGAGCUUGAAAAGUUGGAUAAGUGAUUCUUUACCUCAUCAUCUACUUCAAGUUGUAGAUCCCAACUUAAUAAAGGCAGAUGAUGAAGACUUCAAUGCGAAAUUGCAGUGUAUAUCGUCCAUAUUAGAAUUGGCAUUGCAUUGUGCAGAUGAAUCCCCUGAAAAGCGAUUAAAUGCAGAAGAUGUUGUAGUAAGACUGAAUAAAAUCAAACUUCAAUUUCUAAGAAGUGGUGGGACCUGAUAAAAUUGGAAGGAAACAG